AUCCGAGAUCCGAGUAGUCUCUCAUUCGGAUAUACGAUAUAGUAUAUUUAUAAGCACCUUAACGUACACUUGUGUUGUUUUUAAAAAAAGUAAUUUUCUAUCUGACAUUAACGUGCAAAAUAUUAAUCAACAUUAAAUUGUUGUUAUUCUUUUUGACAAUUAUUUUAAGAAAGUUUUAUUCAGACCAAAUUCAGACGUGUUCCAAAAAUGGGAGGCUAUAUUAGUAAAUUAUUUUACCACGAAGAACAUGAUAAAACUUAUGAAUACAAUACAUCGUCUUUAGUUUUGGAAAAUCGUGACACUUGCACUCCACAACCACAAAAGAAGAAGUCUCUCAUUGACCCCAGAUCGGCGACUCUAGGCAUAACUAGAACUCCAAUAGAGAUAUUAAAUACACCACAGAAAGAGUCUUCUAAUGUGAUUAGUUCUGUGCCGAAAUAUUUAAAACGCAAACCCUACUUAGAAACGAAUUUCGAUGUAACGCCACCGUCGAGGACUCUAGACAGAUGUUUAGAUCCUCGAUCACCAAGUGUAGAUGUACCACGGACUCCAAUAACUGUUGAAACAUUCCCCGAUAACGACACUCCAAAACACGCUAAUCCAACGAAAUACAAUAAAACCAAUUUACUUAGUGAAAUGCAUCAGAAAAUGUUAGGACUCGAUCCCAGAUCACCGGCAGUGGACUUUGAUAGAACGCCUAUUCUAAAACCAAAAACUCUCGAAAUGGAAAAACUCUGUUCCCAGGAAAAUUUGAAUACAAACGAAAAUGAAAUUAAACUGCAACCCUCAAGAUUAUCAUACUGUGAGACUGUAAAUUCGUCCGAUAUUAUCGAAAUUAAUGCCCUACCAGAUGUUACUUUGAAUAAUUCUCAAAAAUCAGCAAAUGAAAUUGCCGAGACAAGUUGUACGUCCAAUAGUGGUGCUUUAUCGAACAACAGUAUUGUUACUGUUUUAAGAAAGAGAAUCGAAUCUUCAUUGGAAGAUUCAAGCUCGUCAUCAGACUGCGCUCUUGAUUUGAAAAAAAUUGAAAAUUUCGAAGACAAAUUAAUAGCUAAUAAUUCUGACAAUUUAAUUAACAAUGUAUUAGACAUUGCGGAGAAAAUUUACGAGAAUAAAACGAAUGAGGUGGAGAAUAAAAUUAAAAUUUGGAGAGAUAAUCAGAGUCCAGUAGCAGAGGAAGAUUCGGAAUAUGACAGUGAAAGUGAAUCGGAUCAUUUAGAGAAUAAAAGUCCUAAAAAUGAUCUUGUCAUUGAAUAUGAUGACGAUGUUAGUGUGGUAGGAACUUUAAAGAGAACUGAGUACAACAGAAGGAAGAGUAUCUCAGUGGAGAAGAAGAAGAGGAAUUUCAGAAAAGAAGUCGAAACUAAGAAACCUUUCAGUCCCGCUAAGAAACAAAUCAGUGAAAUCAAAAAACCCGAAGUACUGAAUAAUCGUACACCGUUAAGAAACAGAUCAAACACGAACAGCCAACAACAACAAGGAUUUGAUUUAAAAUCGCCACAUUUGCUCCGUAAAGUUCUUCUCCCUUCUGCAAAAUUCCAGGAAAAUACUCCACCAAGAACCAAAAAAUCAGCAUUGAAAUCUAAAUUCAACAAUACUCAGUGGGAUGGAGACUCGACAAUUAUUAUUUAAAUUAUAACUUAAUUUUCUAUAAGUAAUUAAUUUUUAACAGAAAAAUACUUGCAUUUUUACCUAUCUGACCGAAGAAAUGCAAUUUUCAAAUUAUGUUUUGCAAAAUAGAAAAGAAACUAGAAUUUUUUAGAAAUUUAUAAACUUUUUACUUAGCGAAUAUUUAUAAAUAUACAUUUUACGCAUUUUUUUGCAUUGCUUGUCGUAUUUGAUUUUUGGCAAGUUCAAUCGAUGAUUUAAGAUUCUCACUAGGUCGUAUUAAUUGCGUCACGCUGAAAAUAGAAAUUUUGAAUUUAAUACGAUGUAAUAUUUGUUCUUUUUUACGACAAAAAUAAAAAUAGACUGAUUUUUAA